AUACAGGAAGAUAGUGAUUUUUAGCAAUACUUUCAGAUAUAGGUAUUUUUUAAAGAUUCUUAUAUAAGGCUUAUGGUGAAUUGACUAUAAAAAGAGUUCACAUAGGAGUACAGUUUUUAUCAGUGAUAUAAAAUCUUUCCUAUAAUUAGAGUUAUAUAUAGAGAGGAAUAGCGUUUUCAUUCAUUAACUCACCAAUCAAUAUGUAUAAAACGUUUUUUUUUUGACACGAGCAUAAACUUUUAUUACUAAGAAACAUACUAGAACUCUUGAAAAUUUGAAUAUCUAUCUAAUAAUCAAAUUUAUAAAUAAUUCUUUAUAUUUCAAUUGAAAUAUUAAUUUGCCUUCUGAUGUUCCGCCUAUGGUUCAAAUGACCAUCAUCUCAAUCGACCUCAUACUCAUAAUCGACGCCUGCGUAAUUCUUAUGUACUUUGGACCUUAAAAUGUUAUGAGUAAGGAGUUACUGUUAUAUUUUGAUCUGGUGGAUUAGUGUUUGUUACAGAUAACCUUCAUACAUAUAUAUGUAUAUUUAUUAGUGUAGUUUUAAUUAGUAAAUAUACAAUAAUUUCUCAAGAAUAUGUCAAUUACACAACAGUAUUAUUAUAUUGUUGCUGUAUCUUAUUAACUGAAAAUAUUAAAUAAUGCAAUAAUGGAAAACACGUUUAUUCGAGAAUUAGAUAUAAACAUUGGUUCAAGAAGUACAGUAUUAAAAUUGCACCAAAAAAUAGAAGGCGAUGUUAGUUGUGUAGUUUGGGAUGCGGCAAUAAUUUUAGCUAAAUAUUUAGAAAAAUGGAAUGAAAAUAAUGUAGGAUAUUUUAGAAAUAAAGCAAUAAUUGAAUUAGGAGCAGGAGUGGGUUGCGUUGGAAUAACUGCAGCUGCAUUAGGUGGUGAUGUUACUUUAUCAGACUUACCAGAAGCUUUACCAUUGCUGAAUUUAAAUGUAAAAGAAAAUAAAACGUGUUGGGAAGGAAAUCAGGGUUUAAUACGAAUAAUUCCUCUAGAUUGGGGAACAGAGGUUGAAUUAAAGUCUCCAGAUAUAAUUUUAUUGGCAGAUUGUGUUUAUUACGAAGAGUCAGUAUUGCCGUUAAUAAGAACAUUAAAAGCAUUAGCAAGAAGUGAUACAGAAAUUUUAGUAUGCCAGGAAAUUAGGGAUACUCAGAAACAAGUGGAAUGCUGGGAAUUGUUUAUUAAAAAUCUCAAAAAGUAUUUUACAAUUACUAUAGUACCAAUGGAAGAUCAUCAUGAAGAGUUCUCUAGCUUGGAUAUUGUGAUUUUGAAAUUAACAAAAUUGUAACAUUUUUAUAUCUUUUAGAAAGAAAAAAUUACACAUUUCUCGGGAUCUAUGAACAGUCUUUCGAUGAAUUGGAUUCAAUUAAAUGUAAACUGAGUUGAGAUUUGUAUGUGACACUGUACAAUGCAAUUAACAUCGCGCAUCCACCCUUAAUAGAGCUAAGCUGAUAUUUUCCAAUGAAGUUAAGUAGGAGUCGUCCCGGAUAAAAUAUGGUAUUCUGGGUGUACCAAACAGAUAUCAAACCCACCAUCACCCUUCCAAAUAAAACAAAUAUCAGUUCAGACAAAACUUUUCAAAAUUUAAGGGCUGAUCUGCUUGGUAUCACAGGGGUAAUGUUAAUAUACUCCUACCACAGCCUUAGAGGCGAUGCUAAAAUCUGCCUCACCUUCAUCUUAUAGUAAAAAAAAUUUGAAACCAGACAAUCUGAUAGGUCACUUAAUGAUUCUACAAUUGAUUAAAGUAGAAAGGAGUGACAAACCAAUGGACCCAAUUCAUAGCACGACAAACAUCCCAUUUGAAGUGGUAACCUCUCUAGUAUAUAGAUGAUUUGAAACUAGCUCAGGUAACUGAAUUGGGCAUUUUUCAACUAAAAGACAAGCUCUCUGUACCAUUGGAAAAAUUACUAUUUUUCAGGUAGUUUAUAGCAGUAAAAAUCUAUGCUCAGGAGUGUUGGCAUCUGCUGUAAGCACAUUCUCUUUGAUAGCUAAGAGGCCUUCAAAGAUAUUGAGUGCACGUCCAAGCUAGUGAUGGCGUACAAAUGAACCCACGAUGUACUACCUCUUAGAAAUAAAGUAACUAUAAUGUGGCUAAUAUGGUAUACCAGGCAAUGAAGCAGACCACCUAACUAAAAAAGGGCAAAUAUGUUUCAGACCAGAGACCUACUGUAAUGUCAUGAGGAGUCACAUCAAUAACAAAUAGAUGACUAAAAAAUCAGAUGGAGUCUUAUUAUCUAAGACAAUCCAAAAGAUUCAUAAUCAUGUCAGCUAAUAAGAGUGAAGAACUUCUUGAUUCCGAAAUCGUCAUUAAACUGGUGAUCAGUGUUUUGACAGUUAACUGCCCUUUAUGACGAUGUGCAUAACAGAUAACAGCAACUGCAGAUUCUGAGAGAUAGCCAUAGAGGCAGCAGAACAUCUCUGCAAAUGUCCUGUUGAUUUAAUCAAAAAGCAUUCAUUAAAAAAAGUCUAUGUAUUUCUGAAGUAGAACAAUAAGAUGCAGAGUCUUGUAAAAAAUAUUUAAGUAUAGGUGUAGAGUAGCUGAAAAACUAAUACGAUUCACCAAACAAUCUACAAUCUAGCUUAUUUUUAAAAUGUAGUAGCUCUAUGAAUAGUCAAAGGUGAUAUAAAAACAAAUAUUUGUGAAUAAUGGUUUUUAUAUUUAGAUUGUUGUCUUCAGAGGUAAAACUACACAAUAUAUUGAUCCAUAUCAAGUCAUGCUUUGAGAAUAUUUUAUUUUUUCUUGUUUGGUAGUCAUAACUUAAUUUUCCAAUUUUAUAUUAAAAGAAAAUAUGAACAGUCUUGGUUUUAUUAUAUAAAAUAUUGUUAAAUUUGAGUUGAUGCCUACAGUUUCUUAUUGUACAUCAAACUAUACUACAUGUAACAGUUAUUCAAGUCUUGUUCGAGGUUAAAGUAAAAAAUCAGAAAACGGUAUUAUUUGUUUAGUAAACCCA